AUGUCAACGCAAUUGUUGCUGAAGAAAUGGGCGAGACAGCGCGAAAUGCAGGAGCAGAAGAUUGAGAAAUCCCUGGCAGCAAAGCAAUUCUUCGACAAGAACCGCAAUUUGACGUCUCAUUUUGAGUCCUGGACCACUCCUCAGUUCUACCAGCAGAGCAGUGAACAGAUUGAGCGCAGUAAGGCGUCUAGAAGGAAGGAGGAGGAGCUGGAGGGACGCCGGCAGAAGCUCCGGGAGAUGCGUCAGAGGGAAGAACAGGAGUGGCAGAGGGAAAUUCAGGAAGCCCGGAAACCAAGGAAUCGGGUGUCGACUAAAUGUUUGAGUGACAUCAACGAUCGUUUGGGAGAUGAGAAGCGAAAGAGUGAAUUGGAAAGUCAGCUGUACAGUCGCUGGAGAUUUGAUUCCACCCGUGACAAGAUCAUUCAUGACAGCCGGAGUGCACAUGAGGCUCUGGCCAAACUGAGCUGGUUGGACAGGCAAGUGGAGCAGAAUAUGGAAAGGGAGAAGCGCGAGAAGGAAGUUGCUGAAAGGGAGCGGAGAAUGCAGGAGGAGACAGAACGGCAGGAGAGGCUUCUGCAAGAGAAUCGCCAGGUUUUAGACUCCCAGAUGCGGGAACUGCGGACAAUGCAAGAAUCUCACAUUGACGUGAUGCGGAGACGUGAAUCUGAGAGUCAUGUCCUGAAGCUGGAAGAGGAACAGCUGCGUCAGCAGGGACAGAAAAUUGAAAAUCUCUUCGAGAAGUGGCGAGAUCGUGUGGAGAAUCGCACAAAAGCCUCACCACGUCCCAUGCACAAUCUCCGACGCAUCAAGAUGAUCAUAGAGACACGAAUCUCCAGCGUCCGGGAAGGAAUUCAAUACGAUCUGGACUUUAUAGAGAAUCUCCUGGCCAUUGUGCCAAAAGAGGACAGCCUAAAGCCACUUCUAGCUAAAUUCCGGAAGCAUCUCGAGGAGACUGCCAGUGAGAGUGAACGUGUGAGGAAUCUCUAUGAUUCAGAAGCAAAAUCCUUCCUGCUCAACCGGGAACUGAUCUGGAGCACAAUGGCAGAGACCAGGGAGCGUCUAAUUCGACAUACCGUCACUGAACUUUGCAAUCGCCUGAGCCUGGAGAUGGAGAAAACAAAAUCGCGCCAGCAGGAACUCAGUGACAUCAAAGCUACUCACUUGAGAGCCUUGGAGCACACAAAUGAUCUGCUCAAGGAGCUGACCAGGGAGCAAAGUGCAAAAAAUCCCCCAAGAAUUGAUCUCCAGAGUGAAACAUCAUCCAUCUCUGCAACAGAAGACAUUCCGGAAAGUCAACGGAAGAAGCAUUCUGAUGAAUGUGAUUCCAUUGUCAAUCAACUGAGCAGCCAAAGAAUCACUCCCAGCCCAAGGGAUGACCUGCAGACUGGAGGAGUUCCACGUUACGGCAGGAAGAAGAUCGCAUGGACAUAG